AGGAAACCUAUCUAUCAUCGUUAUCUUAUAAUGUUCCAGGCAUAUAAUCUGUGUUCUUCACAAUCUGAUGUAAAUAUGGCGAAAGAUUGGGAAAUUAGUCGUUCUGAUGCAGCGGAGUUAUUAGGUUUUGCGUUCACUUUAGAAAAUGACGAAACAGUUAAUCUUAUACUUGAUCGUGCUUACCUGAUACGUAAAUCUACUCAUUCAGAUAAUUCAUCCAGUGGAAUUAGUGGGGAGUAUUUAUAUGAGGGCCUUUUAUAUCACCUGCCGGAUGUAGCUAAUUGUUAUGCUCAUUUUGAUGCAGAAAUCAACAAAGUUUUUGGUCGUCAUCGUCGUUCAUUAAUCGACUCAACUUCUACAUCAGAAAGUGAUCUUAAUGAUUUAAAAUCAACACAUUCUGUCCCUGUAGUUAAUUCUUUGAAUGCUACAAGCUGUCCAAACAUUACAACUAUCUCAAAUAAAAAAACUGAAAUAUUGCCCAGUCAUUUUGAGUGCAUUGAUGUUACAGAAAUCCCACCAAUUGAAACUAAUAAUUAUUCUGAAAAAUUGAAAGAUAAUGUCCACCUAAGCAACAGUCCGCUCAGAGAUGAUCAAAGUAUUAACUUUCGUGGGCGUUAUUCUGAACGUGGUAUGUAAAUUAUUCAACACGAACAUCGUUUUCCCGUAUUUUGCUAUUUUUUUUCAUUGAUGCAAUUUCUGGUUCCAUGCAAAAUAAAAGAUUGUGAACGAUCGUUUCUUGUGUCUUCUUCGUCUUAUUUCGUUUUAAAUAUCUAUUCAAAUAAGUCUGUAGAAAUGUUCUCUCUCUGCUAAAAUACAGAUUUAUAUAUUUAUAUUUUAGUAUUCCAAAAUUAUAAUUUGAAGUCCAUUAUGUAAAUUUGUAAUAAAAUAUGUUUUUCUGCAAAGUUUUUCAAUACCUGUACUAAAUUACACUCUCCUUGUUGGCUUGUAUUGCUAACAUUUUUAAAAACAUGAUAUCAAUGUAAUAUUUUGCAACACAAUUUCAAUUCUACCGUAUAAGUAAACAUUUUUUCGUUUUAUUCUUAUUAAUUUCUCAUAUUGCUAAAUACAAUUGAGUAAAAUUUCAGGAAUUACAAACAGGACUUUGUUCAUAGUUGAUUAAAUCAAUACAACGCAUUGUGUGACUUUAUUUAUGUGUCCUUUAAAAACAUUACCACAAGAAAAUAAACACGUAGUUUCUAUUCUUGUCGAAAACUACUAAAAUUUGUUCAUUUUUAUUCGAUAUCUUCUCUUGUAUUUACUUACAUUCUGUUUAUUUCUACAUAAGUUACCUUUUAUGACUGGUGUUCACCCUCCUUUUAUGUUCACGUAUUAUAUAUCGUUUUCUCAGCGAGAUUUUUAUUUGGCGUUUGUAAUUAUUUGAGCGUUAUGAUUUUCGAAAUUCACUUUUUUACGGUCUCAUCAAUCGUACAUCCGUCCAAACACAUUCUUGUCUUAUGUAUGUGUGUAAAUUAUAUAUAUAUUUAUAUAUAUUCGUGUUUUUAUGCAAAAUUCCUGCCUUAUAACAGUUUUGUGUUUACUGGUGAACUGUUUUUUAUCAAUAAUAAUAAACUAUACAUAAGUCGUUUGAUUUUUAUCUACCGUUGCUUUGAACUUUGAUUAUUUAUCAUGUGAUACGAUGCACUUAGUAAUUUCUUUGUACCUCCUAUGGAAGCGAUUUACCAGUUGAACUUUGUCCCACCAAAUCUGUGCUUGGCAUGCAUGUGUCUGUAGAUGUGUGACUGUGAUCUAUUUUUAUUUUUGUAUAUCGGGCAUAAUUCAAUGGUAUUGUUUCCACUGUAGUCCUUGAAGUACAAACUCACUAAAUAAUUACUACUUGUGAGACUUCAAAAUACUGCCUGUUUACACGUAUGUUAAGUUUUAAUUAUUUGAAAGUGUAGAUAAGAAUUCUCAAACUAAUGAAAACACUUCGGUUUUAUUUUUAGAAUAUUCACGCAACAAAAUUAUUCAUUUCCAGCAAUACAGCCUGCAAAUACACGUGAUGAAUGUAGCCAAUUUUUUAUGUGACGUGAAGUCAUCCAUAGUAUUGCAACUGCAUUCAUCUGUUUUCUAGAAACUGAG